ACUUUUUAUUUUUCUAUUUGUACUGCCAUUGGAACAAUUUUAUCUUCUCCAUAUUAUUAUAUUUCGUUUCCGAUUUCACCAUAAUGAAUUCAAGCAAUCACAAAGUCAUUACAUGCAAAGGUGCAGUAGUAUGGAAGUCGGGAGACGAAUUGAAAAUAGAAGAAAUAGAAGUCGAUCCACCAAAAUCAACAGAAGUUAGGAUUAAAAUGAUUUAUGCUAGUUUAUGUGGUACUGAUGUUCUUUGUUGCAAUGGCUUUCCAAAGCCUUUGUUCCCUCGCAUUCCUGGACAUGAAGGAGUUGGCGCGAUAGAAAGCGUGGGAGAAAGUGUGAAAGAUUUGAAAGAAGGAGACAUAGUGAUGCCACAUUUUUUGGGUGAAUGUGGAGAUUGUCCUAAUUGCAAGUCCAAAAAGUCCAAUUUAUGCCAUAAAUACCCUUUAAAUUUUAGUGGAUUAUUGUUGGAUGGAACAUCAAGAAUGUCUAUUAAUGGUCAAAAAAUUUAUCAUCAUGUUAGUUGUUCUACAUUAUCAGAGUACAUAGUUCUUGAUGAAAACUAUGUUAUUAAGGUUGAUCCUAGGUUACCAAUUGAACAUGUUCCUUUCUUAUGUUGUGCUUUUACAACUGGUUUUGGAGCAACAUGGAAAGAUGUUAACAUUGAAAAGGGAUCAAGUGUUGCUGUCCUUGGUCUUGGAGGUGUUGGACUUGGUGUAGUAGAAGGAGCUAGACAAAAGGAAGCAGCCAAAAUAAUUGGGAUGGAUAUACAUGAAAUGAAAAGUGAAAAAGCAAAGAUUUAUGGAAUUACUGAUUUUAUAAAUAUUUCUGAAAAAUCAAUUUCAAUUUCAGAAUUAAUUAAAGAUGCUACUGGUGGACUUGGUGUUGACUACUUCUUUGAGUGUACAGAUGUGCCUCAACUCACUAUCAAUGAAGCCAUUCAAUCAACUAGAAUGGGUUAUGGAACAGUGAUAGUGCUUGGAGCUGGACUUGUGUUAGAUUGGCAAAUGAGUUAUGUCCCUCUAAUGUUUGGUAGAACACUCAAAGGAUCAAUCUAUGGUGGCAUCAGAACUCACACAGAUCUUCCAUCUAUAAUUGACAAAUGCAUUAGCAAGGAGAUCAAACUAGAUGAAUUAUUGACUCAUGAAGUUUCAUUCAAUGAUGUAAACAAGGCAUUUGAGUACUUGAAAGAACCAAACUGUGUGAAGGUCCUUAUCAAGUUUUGAGCUAAUAUUUAGUUUCAUUUUUUUCCUUCUGUGUAACAAUAACAAAAUAGCAAUAAGGAUAUGAAGUUAUGAAGUGUGGAACAUAAUCAAGCUUGUAUUGUUCUUCUGUCUUUUUUUGGUAAUGGAUAUAUUCAUAAUUGUACUA